UAUUUGGAACGCGGCAACUCGAACUGCUGCACUUCGGUGCAAAGUUCUAUGUUGAAUCCAGACAGACAGACGCUUGACUUACAGUUUAUAAAAAGUAACUAAGUUCAUAUAAAGUAAUAAUAGUUAAUACUCCUCAUAAACAUAUAUAAAUGUAAUUGCUGCAUAAUUUUUCCAUUUAGCAGGAUGCAGGAACUACAUAAUCACUAUUGAAAUGCGAUACAUGAGACGAUAAUUGUGACUGUUUUUGUAUAUAUCAUUUGAUAAUCAGAUUACCAUAUAGGGACUGUAAUUUAAUUUUGUAAUAUAACCGACAGUGUCUGUUUGAAGUUGAAUUGAUGAAUUAGAGAGAGAAAAUAAAUAUAAUUCUAUGUCAGACUCGGAUUCUACAUUUGUAGCGGCAGAUGAUUUUGGUUCAAGGUUUCUAGAGUUUGAUGAAUACACUUACGAAAAACCCGAUGAUAUUGAGAACGAUGGCUUCGCUCCAUUUUUGCCCUAUUUCCAUCCACAAGUUCUACACAAAAGUCCCUCUCCAGAUAAUCAAUCCAUAAGACUAAGUAAAAGACGUAAAAGACGAGCAAUCAAAACUGGAAAUAGGGGAGAUGAAUUCAUUGCUACUGAAAAUGUGAUGAAAUCCGACUCCAGUAGUAGUGAAGAUGAAGAUGAUGAUGACUCGGCGGAGGAAGAGGAACUGUAUUCGUCUAGAUAUUAUCUUAAACAACCGUUAACUGCACGACAAAUAAGCUUACACUCACAAAAAUAUACUGACUCAGCUAGCGUGAAAACUUUAAACCAAUCGGAUGAAUCCUUGAAUCCGGUGAAGUCAUCUACUACUGAUUUAACACAGGAGCAGAUUGCUGCUCGUCAAAAAAAGAUAGAUCAACGUAAAGAGACAGCAAAACUCAAGGUAGAAACAGAAAAACGUCAAUUAGUUGAACGUUUGUUAAAGAUUAGCUCCAAUGGAGUAAGCGGACGUGGACGAGGCCGAGGUAGAAGAAUUCAAACCAAUGACUCACCGUCAAGAGAAGAUCAUGACGAUAAUGUACUCGCUUCACAACAACAAUCGGAUAACGAAGUGUAUGCAGAGUCUGCAGAGAUAAAUAGUACUGAAGGGAUUACACCACCACCGCCACCUCCAGUGGCUGAAGACAAAUCAGAAUGCAUUUCAGUCCCCGACGGUGGCGGGUUACACUUGCAACCAUCUAAUCCAAACUACAUACGUUUCAUUUCAUCCUCUCGUCUAUCCGAGUCAACUGUUAUUUGUCUACCUGCAACACACGAAUAUUUACAUGCAAAUUUUAACAAGCCUACUACUAAUGAAACACCAAAGCUACGUAUGUGUGAUAUGGGUUGCGGUUGUGUUCGACGUUAUGAAUGUCCAAAGACUGGACGUUCUUUAUGCAGCCUAUCAUGUUAUAAAGCUAAUCUGGCUCAAAUUCAAAAAUCACCCACAAAGAUUGUUUCAACAUAGUGUGUCUGUGUGUAUGUGCAAUUCAUCUUAGACGUCUGUCUUGUAUUUACAGAAUAUUAUAAAUUUUAUACUGA